GCCCCGCCACUAGCCGCCCCGCCGCCGCCGCCGCCGCCGCCAUGGGGGACGUGGUCUCGGCGCACCUGGACGACAGCCGCCGCCAGUUCGUCGCAGAGAAGACCGGAAAGGUCCUCACGGAGUUCUGCCAGUUCUACGAACAGCAGUACGGGGUCGCUCUCUUCAACAGCGUCCGGUAUGAGAUCGAAGGGGGCGGGGGGCCCCAGCCUCAGCUGCUGCGUCGCAAGGUGCCGCUGGAGGACCGAACCAUCUUCUCUGGGAACCUCUUCCAGUACUUGGAAGAAAACAAGAAGUGGAGGAACCGCUUCAGCAUCGUCCCCCAUAAUUAUGGGUUGGUGCUGUACGAGAAUAAGCUGGCCUUCGAGAGGGGGCUGCAACCCCGAAUCCUCAUCAACAGUGCCGGCUACAAGGUGCUCACCUCUCUGGAAGAGUACCUGGAACUGGUCAACAGCAGCUUACCAGGCCCCGCUCCCAAAUCGGGCAACACCCCCAUCUUGAAAUGCCCGACCCAGUUCCCCCUCAUCCUCUGGCACCCCUUCGCCCGGCACUACUACUUCUGUGUGAUGACGGGGAAGGAGCAGGAGAAGUGGCUGGCCAUUUUCCAGGACUGCGCACGCCACUGCAACAACGGACUCUCCGAGGAUUCCAAGGUGGAGGUGCCCGCCUUCACGGACGCCGUCCGCAUGUACCGCCAGUCGAAGGAGCAGUACGGCACCUGGGACAUGCUUUGUGGCAACGAAUCCCAGAUCUUGAGCAACUUGGUGAUGGAGGAACUCCUUCCGGAGCUGAAGAACAUGAUUGGGCCCCGACUGAAGGGCAAAGCCCAGGAAAGGCACCGGGUCUGGAUCCAGGUCUCAGACGCCGUGUACCGGAUGGUCCACGGCCAGACGAAAGCCCACUACGACGCGGCGCUGGCGAAGUGCGAGCUGCAGAGCCCGGCCAUGCGCAGCGCCAUCCGCACCGACAUGGACCAGGUCAUCCAGUCCAGGGAGCACCUGGCGAGCAAAAUCCGAGCCUCCGUCUCCUCCAAAGCUGAGGUCUGUGUCCGGAACCACGUCCAGCCGUACAUCACGUCCAUCCUGGAGGCACUGAUGAUCCCCACCAGCCAGGGCUUUGCUGAGGUGCGGGAGGUCUUCUUCAAAGAGGUCACCGACUUAAACAUGAAUAUUGUCAACGAGGGCGGAAUGGACAAGCUGGGGGAGUACAUGGAGAAGCUUUCCCAGCUGGCUUUCCACCCGGUCAAGAUGCAGUCCUGCUACGAGAAGAUGGAGCUUCUGAAGCUGGAAGGGCUGCAGCAGAGGUUUGAUGUGUCCAGCGCCUCGGUGUUCAAGCAGCGGGCCCAGAUCCUGAUGAGGCAGCAAAUGGAUGACACAGUCUACACUUUCGAGACUCUCCUCCAUCAGGAGCUCGGGAAGUCGCUAAGUAAAGACGAGCUGUGCAAGACGAUCCAACGCAUCCUGGAGCGGGUGCUCAAGAAAUACGACUAUGACAGCAGCACAGUGAGAAAGAAGUUCUUCCGGGAGGCGCUUCUGCAGAUCACGGUUCCCUUCCUGCUGAAGAAGCUGGCGCCCACCUGCAAGGGGGACCUAGCCAGAUUCCAGGAGCUGAUUUUUGAGGAUUUUGCCAGCUUCAUCCUGGUGGAGAACACGUAUGAAGAGGUAGUCCUGCAGUCGGUCAUGAAAGACAUCAUGAUGGCCGUGAAAGAGGCCGCAGUGCAGCGGAAGCACAACCUCUACCGGGACAGCAUCGCGAUACACAACAGUGACCCCGACCUGCACCUGCUGGCCGAGGGGGCGCCCAUCGACUGGGGGGAGGAGUUCGGCGGCGGCCAGCCGGACCAGGACCCGUCCGAUGAGAAGCAGCGCCGGGCCAAGCAGGUGGUGUCCGUGAUCCACGUGGACGAGGGGGCCCUGCCGUACGACGCCGCUUCCCUGGAGGGGUCCCCGGAGCCGCCGGAGCCGGAGCAGCAGGGCCGGGCCCGCAGCCCUCCCCCCGCCAGCCCGGGCUCCCCCGGCGGCGUGAAGGAGCUCCGAACCCUGCUGGUGACGGAGCUGCCCGUGGAGGCCCCGGCCGGCGUUGUCGCGAAGGCGGAGGAGCAGCUGAGCAACGGGGCCGUGAUGCAGGAGAGCCCAGCGACCACGGCGCCCCUGGAGAGGGAGGAGGAGGAGGAGGCCGCCCCUGGGGGGGCGGACACCGGCAUCCCGGAGGACUCCCCCGAGGGCCAGGUGGAGGAACGGGGGGCCGCGGAGGCCACGCCGGCUUCUCCCUGCGAAGGGAAGGCCCAGCCCGAGCGCCUCGAGCCCAGCGAUAAGGAGACGGGAGAGGAGGCACCGGCGGCGGCAGCCCCGCUCUCAAAACUGCCCGUGGAGCCGCCCCAGGAGGACAGCCACGGGGCUGCGGCCGACUGCGACGGGGUCCAGACCCAGUUCUAGGCCAGGCCGCGCUGGGGGAGGAUCCCCCGGGCCACAUAGACACCGCGGGCG